AUGGCCGCCUCAAAGCCUCUCUUGGACGCGAUGAAGGAUCGCCGGUCCAUCUACGCAACCUCACCAGAGAACCCACCCACAACCAUUGCUCGUGUGGAAGAGAUUGUCACACACGUCAUCAAGCAUUCGCCUUCGCCCUUCAACUACCAGUUCGCCCGUUCCGUGAUCUUGUCUGGCGAAGCUCACAAGAAGUUCUGGUCGGUCGUAUACGAUGGUGUAGAGAAAGCUGUCCCUGCCGCUGCUUGGGAGGGUCAUCUGCAAAACUUCUGCAAGAUGUUCAGGGACACUACGUGGGGCACCGUGAUGUGGUUCGAGGAUGGGGAGACGGCCUCAUUCUUUGCCGAGAGUUGGAGUGAUCAGAGCAGCGGAAUGCACCAGAUUAAUGCUUGGAUGGCUUUAGAGGCGGAGGGAUUUGGCGCUACUCUGCAGCACUUUCACUGGGUACCUGAUGUAACCGAGUACUUUCAGAAGGAGCUUGGUCUGCCGGCUUCGUGGAAGCCUAAAUCACAACUCGUCUUUGGCACACCUGUUGCACCUGCGGGCGAGAAGACCUUCAAACCUAUCGAGGAGAAGUUGAAGAUAUUCAGCUAG